UUUUUGACUUUCCUCUUUUUCUUUUCCUUUUCUCUACCAACCCUGCCCCCUUUUCCUCUUUUCUUCUUCUUUCUUGCCCUUAUCCUCCUGUCCUUUGUGUUGCCUGAGUGUGUAUAUCAUUCACUUCAGCCUCUACAUUUCUAUUCUUCCCUGCCUUUUUUUCUUCCUCUCCCCACUCACACGCCUUUGAUUGUCUUUACAUUUGAUACCUUCGUACCUUAUUAUACUUAUUUUAACUCUUUAUCGACUACAAAAGUAUAUUGGAAAUGGUUCACGAUCAACAGGAGCAUACAGUCGAUACGAUCCGUCGUUCAACCACCAAUCGUCCAGAUGAUGUUCUCAAAAAGGUUCUUGUCGCUAACCGUGGCGAAAUCGCCAUCCGCGUCUUCCGUUCUGCUCACGAAUUAUCCAUGAGAACUGUUGCCUUGUUUUCGUACGAAGACAGACUUUCCAUGCAUCGUUACAAGGCUGAUGAGGCAUAUCAGAUCGGAGAUCCAUCAAAGUUCACACCCGUCGGGGCUUACCUUGCACAGGAUGAAAUUAUUCGCAUCGCAAAGUUGCAUGAUGUCUCCAUGAUCCACCCAGGUUAUGGUUUCCUCAGUGAAAACGCUUCGUUUGCCCAAAAGUGUGCGGACAAUGGCAUUGCUUUUGUUGGUCCUGACCCACAUGUCAUUGAGGCUUUGGGCGACAAGACCAAGGCUCGUGAUAUCGCCGUCGCUGCGGGUGUCCCAGUUGUUCCUGGUACUCCUGGACCUGUCAAAUCGAGUCAGGAAGCAGAAGCUUUCGUCAAGGAGUAUGGUUUCCCUGUCAUUAUCAAAGCUGCAAUGGGCGGAGGAGGACGCGGUAUGCGUGUUGUUCGCAAUCAAGCCGAUUUCGCAGAGGCAUUCGAACGCGCUACCUCUGAGGCCAAGCAGGCGUUCGGUGAUGGCACCGUGUUUAUUGAGCGCUUUCUUGACAAACCCCGUCACAUUGAGGUCCAGAUCUUGGCUGACAGUGCAGGAAACGUUAUCCAUCUUUUUGAGCGCGAUUGUUCAGUCCAGCGUCGCCAUCAAAAGGUCGUUGAGAUUGCGCCUGCCAAAUCGUUGACUCCUUCAGUUAGAGAUGCCAUUUUGAAUGAUGCCAUUAAGCUUGCCAAACAUGUCAAAUACAAGAACGCAGGAACAGCAGAGUUUUUGGUCGAUCAACAGGAUCGUUACUACUUUAUUGAGAUCAAUCCUCGUAUCCAGGUAGAACACACUAUUACUGAGGAGAUCACCGGUAUUGAUAUCGUCGCUGCUCAGAUUCAAAUUGCUGCUGGUAUUCUUUUGCCUGAACUCGGUCUUACUCAAGACAAGAUUCAGAUCCGUGGCUUUGCAAUUCAGUGUCGUGUUACAACUGAGGACCCUUCCCAAAAUUUCCAGCCUGACACUGGCAGAAUUGAAGUGUACAGAUCAGCUGGUGGGAACGGCGUCCGCCUCGAUGGCGGUCAAGGAUUUGUUGGUGCUGUGAUCACCCCUUACUAUGAUUCCUUGCUGGUCAAAGUGACCUGCUCUGGCGCUACGUAUGAGCUCGCGAGACGUAAGGUUGUCCGUGCUUUAGUCGAGUUCCGUAUUCGUGGCGUCAAGACCAAUAUUCCUUUCGUGCAACGCCUUAUCACGCACGAAACCUUUAUUCAGGGCAAGUGCUGGACCACCUUUAUUGAUGACACCCCUAGUUUGUUCAAUCUCGUCAAACAGCUUAAUCGUGCCCAGAAAUUGUUGGCAUACCUUGGAGAUGUUGCUGUCAAUGGCCCUAGCAUUGCUGGCCAAAUUGGUGAGCCCCAACUGAAGAGAGAGUUGUUGAUCCCCACAUUGUCAAGCAAAGAAGACUCGACCCAGACAGUUGAUGUUACUGUUCCUCCCACUCAUGGAUGGCGCAAGAUCUUCCUGGAAAAGGGCCCCGAGGCUUUUGCUAAGGCUGUUCGUGCUUAUCCUGGUGUCUUGAUCACUGAUACCACCUGGAGAGACGCUCAUCAGAGUUUACUCGCCACUCGUGUCCGCACUAUUGAUCUCCUCAACAUCGCCCCUACUACUGCCCACGCUCUUCAAAACGCUUACUCUCUUGAGAUGUGGGGUGGUGCCACAUUCGAUGUUGCUAUGCGUUUCUUGCACGAAGAUCCUUGGGACCGCCUGAUCCAACUUCGUAAACUUGUUCCCAACAUUCCUUUCCAGAUGCUGUUCCGUGGUGCCAAUGCUGUCGGAUAUACCAGCUACCCUGACAACGUCAUCUUUGAUUUCUGCGCCAAAGCUGUCAAGAGUGGAAUGGAUGUUUUCCGUAUUUUCGACAGCUUAAAUUAUAUUGAGAACAUGCGCCUCGGUAUCCAGGCUGUUAAAGCCGCUGGUGGUAUUGUCGAAGCAGUCGUCUGCUACACCGGAGACGUCUCAGAUCCCAAGCGUACUAAACACAACUUGGAUUACUACCUCAACUUUGUACAGGAGUUAGUCAAUGAGGGUAUUCAUGUCUUGGCCAUCAAAGAUAUGGCUGGUCUAUUGAAGCCCGCUGCUGCUACUAUGCUUGUUGGAGCUAUCCGUAAACGCUUCCCUGACUUGCCCAUCCAUAUGCACACGCACGAUACUGCGGGAACGGGCGUUGCCUCCAUGUUGGCAGCAGCAGCCGCUGGUGCUGACGUUGUUGAUCUUGCAGUGGAUAUCAUGUCUGGUGUGACAUCCCAACCAUCGAUGGGUGCCGUGGUAGCCGCAUUGGAGCACACCGAAAUGGGUACAGGUAUUCGUCAGGAGGACGUGAUUGCACUCAACAGCUACUGGGAACAGGCCCGUCUACUCUACUCUGGAUUCGAAGCUAAUGUCCGCGCGGCUGACUCUGGAGUAUACCAACACGAAAUGCCUGGUGGUCAGUACACCAACUUGAUGUUCCAGGCUCAGCAGCUCGGCUUAGGCACCCAAUGGAAUGAGAUUAAGAAGGCCUACAUUGAGGCAAACCAGCUGUGCGGAGACAUUGUUAAAGUUACACCGUCAUCCAAGGUUGUAGGUGAUUUGGCUCAAUUCAUGGUGUCGAAUUCAUUGAGUGCAGAGGAAGUGAAGGAGAAGGCAGCAUCACUCAACUUCCCCACGAGCGUAGUGGAGUUCUUCCAAGGUUACCUUGGGCAGCCCUAUGGAGGAUUCCCUGAACCUCUUCGCUCGGCCAUCAUCCGUGGAAUGCCCCGCAUUGAGGGUCGUCCUGGUAAAGAUAUGGGCGAGUUUGACUUGGAGGGACUGAAGGCAUCGUUAAUUAAGAAGUAUGGCAAGUCGAUACGUGAUGUGGAUGUGUCAUCAGCGGCAAUCUACCCCAAGGUCUUUGAUGAGUAUCGGGCCAAGGUGGAUGCAUAUGGCGACCUAUCUGUUUUGCCUACACGCUACUUCUUGAGUAGACUCGAUAUUGGAGAGGAAGUUAAUGUGGAGAUUGAAAAGGGCAAGACAUUGAUCAUCAAGUUGCUGGCAGUUGGACCCAUCAACACUGCUUCCGGCAAGCGUGAUGUUUUCUUUGAGUUGAACGGAGAAGGACGUAAUGUGAGUGUGCAGGACAAGAAUGCAGCAGUGGAGCAUACGGCGCGUGAGCGUGCUAACCCAAGCAAUACUGGUGAUAUUGGAGCACCAAUGUCAGGUGUAGUAGUAGAAAUCCGGGUGAAGCAAGGCACCAUUGUGAAGGAAGGAGACCCGAUCUGUAUUCUGUCGGCUAUGAAAAUGGAGACAGUGGUAACAGCACCAGUCUCGGGUAAGGUCGAGUACGUGCCCAUUCAUGAAAACGACUCUUUGUCGAGCGGUGAUCUUGUUGCACGCAUUGUGCACGAGUAAAGAAAAAGAAAGUAAAAAAAAAAAGAGAAAAAAAAAUCGCAUCCAUCAUUCAAAAGAUUAGCAAUUAAUCAUUAGG